UUUUGAAAAUGAAAUUAGCUCAGAGAAGGUAAAACUCCCUCUUCAGAAUUUCCAACAUAGUGCUUAUGAGGAUCUUUUUAAAGAGGCUGAAGAAAGUGACAGUGAGCCCAUCACGUGGUCAGUCAGAAACUCCUUCCUAAGAGACAGAUGGAGCAGUGAGGAGGAAGAGCCUGCAGGGCCGUCCCAGACUGUCUCCCCUCAGCUUCACGAUGAUUCAACACGUGUUCCUCUUGGAGAAAACAAGGACUACAUCAAUGCUAGUUAUAUUAGAAUAGUCAAUUCUGGAGAAGAGUAUUUUUAUAUUGCUACCCAAGGACCACUACCAGCUACCACAGAUGACUUUUGGGAGAUGGUUUUGGAAAAUAAUUCUAAUGUUAUUGUCAUGAUAACCAGAGAGACAGAAGGUGGAAUUAUCAAAUGCCACCAUUAUUGGCCCAUUUCUAUGAAGAAGCCUUUGGAAUUGAAAAGCUGUCAUAUCUUCCUGGAGAACUACCAGAUACUUCAAUAUUUCAUCAUUCGAAUAUUUCAAGUUGUGAGGAAGUCCACAGGAACUCGGCACUCUGUAAAACACUUGCAGUUCACCGACUGGCCAGACCAUGGCACUCCUGCCUCAGUAGAUGCUUUUAUAAAGUAUAUUCGUUAUGUGAGGAAGAGCCACCUUACCGGACCCCUGGUUGUUCACUGCAGUGCUGGUGUGGGCCGAACAGGGGUGUUCCUAUGUGUGGAUGUUGUGUUCUGUGCCAUUGAAAAGAACUUUUCAUUCAGCAUCAGCGACAUAGUGGCUCAAAUGAGAGAACAACGUUAUGGCAUGAUUCAAACGAAGGUAAGCUCCCACCACAUAAAUUCUAAUAGGGAGAAGAAUGAAUAGAAAGAUUAACAUUGUAUGUAUAGCACAUUAAACCUUAUAAAGCUCUUUCACCUACAUGAUUUCAUUGAAUCCUCACUGUUUGAGGUAGACCUUAGUUUUGCUCUGAGAUUGCCGAUGACGUACUUCAAGUUCAGAGCAAUGCAGUCUGUUCCAUAAGGUCAUUCAGGUGCCGAGUGGAGGAGCCAAGACUGAAACUAAAGUCUCCUGAUGCCCAAACACGUGCUUUGUCCAUAAUGCCAUGUUGUUUGAGUAACAUACCUAAAGUCAUUUUUCAUAAAUUUCUGGAUAGCAAUUUAGGGAUCUUUACUCGCCACUAAAAUAUCCAAGUCAGCGGCAUGUCAUAACAGGAUACCGUUUAUGUCACAGAUUAGUUACUAAUCAUUGGGAGAGGGAGGUCAAGAGAGUAUGGAUGAUGAAAACAAACAGGUCCCUAAUCUUUAGGUUGACUUGUUUUUAGGCCAGUGUUGAACGAUAUGAAGUGUUUUAUUUGAACUGAAGUUGCCUGAGAGACCUGAGGCUGCAUCUAAAAAAAUGUUUUAAUUUGAUUUAUCCAGGGAAGAUGUAAGGAGAUGGAGAUUGAGAAUCAGUUAACCCUCUGUUCAGUUAAGCCUUCAGAAGCUAGUUCUAGACCAAGAACUAUAUUAUGAUAACUUAUCUUUUUGAUAUUUUAAAAUAUGUAUUUACAUAAAGAAGUUCUUGGUUAAAUGUUUGCUCUUUUUAGGAACUUUCCUUUGUGGUUGAAAAUUACAAGUGUGUUCUCUGAAAGUGAAUAUUCAAUUACUUAACAUUCUAUUGUUUUUCAUAUAUGUGUAUGUAGGAGCAGUAUUGCUUUUGUUAUAAAAUU